GGACGCCUGAUUUCACCACGAAUGCCUCACGUAUCAUGAUUCAGAUGUGCGUGAACAAUAAAAUACAUAGAUUUUAUACAGUAUUAUAGGUAGUACAAGUAUCUUGGAUCACACGCGCAAAGUAAAACAAAGCGCGCUUUUGUACUACAUACAUACAAACAAUGAAAAGUAGGCCUUGGCUAAGUGUAUGAAUUAUGAAUCCAAAUUGGCAUAUUGGAUCAGAACUGUCCAGAGAAAAAUAGUGAUGUGAGGCUAGGUUAUGUUAAGGCGUAUGUUAAUGUGUAAAACUGAGUUACGGAAACUAAUGUCGAGGAUACAAAGCAAUUUAAUCCAGAAACGUAUUCUUUAAUUCUAAUUUAAUUGAAACAUUCGAAAAUUUAAGUGUUCCUGAAUAAAUGGAUUAAAAAAACCCAUCAUCGAUCUUGUGAUAAAAUUGGCAGUAAUAACUCAUUUGCAGCGAGAGACGUCAUCAGCCAGUGACAAGAGCGAAUGAGAGCAAGGCAAGGGAGCUAAUACAGAAAGAAAAUGGGGAAAUGCAGUAAUGCAGGAGCAGCUCCAGUUCCAGUCUUGUAGGCUAUAACUAGAGUGGUGUCGAUUCAGUUCUGGAAAACGCGAGGAUUCAUAUUCCCUUCAUUUGCUUUACUAGAUCUAGAUCCCUCGUUGCCUUUGCCAGCUAGUAUUGCCAUGUUUGCGCUGGUAUGAGUGUAAGGUAGAUCUACAAGUCUUGGAAUUAGGAUGUUGUCUGUCAGCCAAACUACGUCCUGGAUUGAUAAUGUGGAGGUCCGCGGACCUUUGCCUCGUGACAGCAGUCACCAGCUUUCGUAUAGAGUGAACCUUCAGAUUACAAUUUUUGGUUUAUUCUGAGGAUAUUUUUUUAAGAAGAGAACAAACAUUGUGUGAAAAUCUACAAAGAUAAGCGGUCAGCAUGGAAGGGGAUUGUACUAAAACGAUGCUGAUCACCGCCAACGUUGGAUCCAUUUUUGAAGAGCCGGAUGCAAUGUUUGCCCCUUGGCUGAAGGCUUUUUUUCAGUGCAUACAGACACAAAAACCUGGGUUUGUUGCAAUUCAUUGUCAAGAAGUAGGUGGGAAAAAUUAUGAGGCUUCCAUGCAGCAUGUGAAUCAGUUCAUAAA